AUGCGGAGGGUCGGCUUACCAAAAUCAUUACGGCUAAUAAGUCUUUUGACAAUACUCGCAAUCACACUCAUUAUCACGGCAGAUAUCAUCUCAGCAGAACAAAGGGUGCUAAUCUAUACCAAAACGGCUGGCUUUAGACAUGCAUCAAUUCCAAACGGAAUAAAAGCUUUUGAAAAGUUAGGCAAACAACAUGGCAUACAUAUGUUUAACACCGAAAACGAAAAACACUUCGAAGAUGAAGAUUGGGUAAACGGUUGGGAUGCAAUGGUUUUCUUAAGCGUAAGCGGAACGAUGUUGAACGAUAAAGGAGCGGUGAAUAUGAUGAAAUACAUCGAAAAUGGUGGUGGAUAUAUGGGCGUUCAUGAAGCAUGCGAUGCAAUGUAUAAAUCACCUUGGUACGGUAGAUUGGUUGGAGCAUACUUUGAUUAUCAUCCAUACAUUCAACAUUUCACUCUCGAUGUUGAAACUCACGAUCAUCCUUCAACUUCUUUCUUGAACAAGACAUGGGAGGUGUACGAUGAAGUUUAUACCUUCAAUUCCAACCCACGCGAUCUAGGAAAGAAAGUCGUUUUGACAGCAGACUCCAAGUCUUUCAAAGAUCCAACCGGACCAGGCCUUUCCAUCCUACGUAAAACAGAAGGUGUCCAUCCUAUCGCAUGGUACGCAGAAGGUGGUUUGUUGGACGAACCCAAACAUAACCCAGGAGGUGGCGUGAUGGAUACCAGCAAAACCCCAAAGAACCAACGUGGUUCAGGCGGUCCCGGAAGAUCGUUCUACACUGGUCUUGGCCAUACCCAUGCUUGCUGGGAAGAAAAGAACAUGGUCGAUCAUGUUUGGGGAGGCUUGAAAUGGGUUUUGGAUUCUCCUACCAUCAGAAGCAAUAAUGCCACCUUACCUGCUUCAGCACCUGGCACCAAAUUUGUCGUCCACACACCAAGUUCAUCCGCCAGUACUUCCAACGCCAGUCAAACUGCUGCUUCCACCAGCAUGAAAAUCUGCUGUUCAUGGCAAUAA